AAAAUGAAGAUGUUGUUGCCAUGGGAACUGUUAAUCCUUCUGUCACUCAAAGAGUGCCUUGCUGAGAAUACACGCCAUGGUCCUGUCUUCACCCAAGAACCCAGCGACAGUAUAUUCCCAUUAGGCUCUGGAGAUAACCAGGUGUUCAUUAAUUGCAAAGCAAAGGGAAACCCACCUCCACGUUAUAAGUGGAAAGUGAAUGGCAGAGGAAUUGAUAUGAAGUUGGAUCAACAGUAUAGUCUUGUAGAGGGGAAUCUGUUGAUAAGUAACCCUCAUGCCAUCAGCCAUGGAGGGGUUUACCAGUGCAGCGCCACUAACUCAUUUGGAACCGUUGUCAGCAGGGAGGCUACAGUUCAAUUUGCAUUUCUACAAAACUUCGCCAGGAAGCCAAGGAACACAGUUUUGGUGAGAGAAGGCCAGGCUGUGGUUCUGCUAUGUGGACCACCGCCCCAUAAUGGAGAAAUUAAAUAUUCUUGGGCUUUCAAUGGACAUCCCAGUUUCCUGCAACAGGACACCCGUCGCUUCAUCUCACAGAGGACAGGGAACUUGUACAUUGCCAAAGUUGAGGCAUCGGAUGUGGGGAACUACACAUGUGUGGUGAGAAACAUUAUGACCAAUGCCACUGUGUUCAGCUCUCCAACCCCUGUGGUUCUCCGAAAGGAUGCGAUGAUGGGUGAAUAUGAGCCAAAGAUUGAGGUUCAGUUUCUUGAAACCCUCCUUGUCUCAAAAGGAUCAUCAGUGAAGCUGGAAUGCUUUGCCUUAGGAAAUCCAGUGCCUUCCAUCUCAUGGAGAAGAGCUGAUGGAAAUCCCUUCCCUGGCAAAAUCAAAAUCAACCACUCCAACGGGGUUCUUGAGAUCCCAUAUUUCCGUCCAGAGGAUGCUGGUGUGUAUGAGUGUGUAGCUGAAAAUAGCAGAGGAAGAACUGUUGCAAAAGGACAACUCGUAUUCAAUGAUGUUCAACAUCUGCACUGGGUCCAGACCCUGAAAGAUGCUCACAUGGCUAUUGAGGCUAAUCUGCAGUGGGAAUGCAGGGCCAGUGGCAAACCUAAGCCCACAUACAGAUGGCUGAAAAAUGGGCAGCCACUGGCACUAAAGGGGAGGGUACAUGUGGAUGGGGGUAGAUUGGCCAUAUCCAGAAUUAGUCUAACGGACUCUGGCAUGUAUCAGUGUCUGGCAGAAAAUGAACACGGAGCCAUCUAUGCCAGUGCUGAGCUCAAGGUUGUGGCCUCCUCACCUGACUUCACAAAGAGUCCAGUGAAGACGUCCACACUUGUCCAGAGAGGGGGGGAAAUGGUCAUGGAGUGCCGUCCCCAUGCUUCCCCCAGGGCCACCAUCUCCUGGCAGAGAGAUGGUGAACUCUUGAAAGACAGCAAGAGACAGACUAUCAUGGAGGAUGGCACUCUGCGUAUCACAAACAUCAGCAAGUCUGAUGGAGGGACGUAUACUUGUGUGGCCAGAAACCCUUUUGGAACAUCAAGCAGUUCAGGCAAGCUGGUGGUAAAAGAGCCAACCAAAAUCAUAGUUCCACCCUUGAGUUUGGAUGCCACAGUGGGUCAAAGCAUUGUUUUGCCAUGUGAAGUAUCUAGCGAUUUCUCCUUGGAUCCCAACUUCAAAUGGUUCCUUAAUGGGAAACCCAUUGAUUUCAGCAGACAGGACCAUUUUGAGAGGAUCGGAGGGGGAUCUUCAGGUGGGCUAAUGGUGAGAAACAUUCAGCUGAAGCACUCUGGGAAGUAUGUGUGUAUGGUAAACACUGCAGUCAACAGUGUUUCAGCAGCAGCAGAUCUUAUUGUAAGAGGGCCUCCCGGGGCCGCAGAAGGCCUGGUUGUGAGUGAGAUUACUGACAGCACUGUCAAACUCUCCUGGAGGCCUGGGCCUGACAACCACAGCCCUGUCACUAUGUACACCAUGCAGGCCAAGACCCCGUUCUCAAUAGGCUGGCAGACUGUCAAAACAGUCCCUGAUUUUGUACCUGGAGAGAUGUUGUAUGCAAUGGUAAAAGAGUUGAAUCCCUGGGUGGAUUAUGAAUUCAGGGUGGUGGCUACCAACAGCGUGGGUGUAGGAGAACCCAGCAUGCCAUCAAAACAGAUUCGAACAGAAGCAGCAGUUCCUGAAGUCUCACCUCUUAACGUGAGCGGUGGGGGAGGAAGUCAGGGAGAAGUCGUUAUCGUGUGGGAGCCAGUUCCAGAGGAGCAGCAGAAUGGAGAGGACUUUGGUUAUGUUGUGGCUUUCCGUCCGCUUGGAACAAACACUUGGAUCCAGACAGUUUUAGCUUCAUCCGAUGCAUCUAGAUAUGUUUACAGAAAUGACAGCACUGCGCCGUUGUCUCAGUUUGAAGUUAAAGUUGGAGUCUACAACGGCAUUGGAGAAGGGCCAUACAGCAGUGUCAUCACAGUGCUGUCUGCAGAAGAAGAGCCUUCAGAGGCACCAUCGAGGGUGUGGGCUCAGAGCGUUUCAGCAUCUGAGGUUGAGGUGUACUGGGAGCCAGUCCCCCCUGGGUCCAACAGUGGGAAGAUCACUGGAUAUGAGGUACUUUUGUGGGAGGAGGGGACUCAGGAGGGAGAAGCCCAGAAGACCAUGGUCACAGACACAGCAGCUCUGCUGUCCGGUCUGAAAGCAAGCACAGUCUACGUGAUCUCAGUCAGGGCCCAAAACAGUGCUGGAAUCGGACCCUCAAGCCCCGCUUUCAACAUCACCACCAAGAAACCUCCCCCAAGUCAGCCUCCAGGGAAUAUUGAGUGGAACUUGACCAAUUCCGGGAUCAUUCUAAAUUGGGAACAUGUCAAGGCGAUGGAAAAUGAGUCCGAGGUGACAGGAUACAAGAUUUCUUACCGUCAGAACUGGCAUGGCAGACCUAAGGUGCUAGAGACCAAUAAGACCAGUGUGGAGCUGCACAUCCCUCCUGCAGAGGACUACCUUGUUGAGAUCAAAGCUCUCACUGAUGGAGGUGAUGGCAGCAGUAGUGGUCUCAUCCGGGUACCAAAGAUGUCCAGUCUUAAUUCUAAAGGAAAUGUCAGUUCAAAUCCAAGGAAUAUUUUCUGUUUUCUGUUUAUUUUACUUUCAAUGUGGAUUUUGUAG